AUGGCUCAACAAAACCCUACUGGUGUCCCAGGUCCUGCAGGCCGCAAGCUGCAUAUCGCUCAUCGUCGUAGCCCUUCCGAAUUGACUCCUUUGAUGAUGGAGCAACUGGCUCUCCAGUCACAGAUUGAGAUGCUCCAGCGUCAACAACAGGCAAUAGCUGAUACACACCAACAGUACGUGAACAUGGGUAUGAUUCCACAGGGAAUGGCCAAUAUGCAAGGCUACUCUCCUGUGCAAGGUCAACAGACCCUCUCCCCCAACACUGCCAAUAACUUCCAAUUCCCACAAAUGCAACAAAUGGGUAUGCAAAUGAACCCACCACAGCAAAUGGGCUCGCACCGCAGGAAUCAGUCCGCCUUGCCUACAAUGAGUAUGGGUCCGCCUCCUGCUCCCUCCUCCGGUGCUUCCGGCUUCAACGACGUGAACCAGCAAGCCAUCAACCAGAAUCGUGAGAAUAACGCUGGCCGUGGAAGAGGUGGUCCGCCAGGAGCCGGUCAUGCUCGAAGACAUUCUUUAGCCCUCUCCGAAGCAAAGAAAGCCGCUGAAGAAGCCGAGAAGAAACGUGCAACUACCGGCUUUCAAUUUCCUAUCCCAGGGGCUGAGGGCUCUACAGACACCACUUCGUCAGGCAGCCCACAAGAAAACAAAUCAACACCAAGCUCGGGUCAAGGUCUUGGUUUACAACGUGCUGGCAAUAUCCGGGUUCCAGGCCAUGGUCGUAGUCAGAGUAUGGCUGUCCCUGGCUCCCGUGGUGCUGGCGCUGCUGGUCGUGGAGGCGGUCAGUUCCAGUUUCCAGGUCCUGCGCCAGGUCAAGAGGGUCAAUCCGACCUUCAACGACGAGGCAGCCAGGGUCAUGGUAGAUCCCAGUCUCGCAAUUUUGAGGGUAAUUGGAGACAGCAGAACAACACUCAGCAACCAGACCAGGCACAACAACCAAUGGGUCAGUUCAAUGCUCCCCAGCAGAUGAGCGCGCCGGGCUUUCAGCCAGGUCAUAGAACUCGUGGUUCUGUUAACCAGAGUAUUGGCUCUAUGGCUGGCUUCCAGUUUCCAAAUCAAGGACAGAUGCUUCAGAUGCCUCAAGGUCAGAUGAUGAUUAAUCCGCAGAUGUUUGCUGGUCAGCAACUCAAUCCAUUGCAACUUGCUCAGCUUCAAGCCAUGCAGGGUGCUGGUCUUACUGGGCUGCAGGCUAGUCAACAUGCUGUGCCACAGAUGGGUGGCCAGCAGCAACAGCAACAGAGAAAGACCCUAUUCACUCCUUACCUACCUCAGGCCACUCUUCCGGCUCUUCUCAACGACGGUCAGCUUGUCGCUGGUACUCUCAGGGUCAACAAGAAGAAUCGAUCUGAUGCCUAUGUAACCACUAGCGAUCUCGACGCUGAUAUCUUCAUUUGUGGUAGCAAAGAUAGAAAUCGAGCCCUCGAGGGCGAUUUGGUCGCUAUCGAGCUUCUCGAUGUCGACGAAGUAUGGGGACAGAAGCGUGAAAAGGAAGAGAAGAAGAAGAGAAAGGACAUCACCGAAGCCCGAUCAGGAGGUAGCAAGGGUGAAAGUGGCUCUACUGAGACUGCUUCAAUUGCUCCCGAUGGCAGUAUUCGUCGUCGCGGCAGUCUACGUCAGCGACCAACUCAAAAGAAAAACGAUGAUGUUGAGGUUGAGGGUCAAAGUCUGCUUCUGAUGGAAGAGGAGGAGAUAAGCGACGAACAGAAACCUUUGUACGCUGGCCACGUUGUGGCAGUCAUUGAGCGUGUUGCUGGUCAGAUGUUCUCUGGCACUCUAGGUUUGCUUCGUCCCAGCAGUCAAGCCACCAAAGAGAAGCAGGACGCAGAAAGGCACGCACGAGAUGGUGGACAUGGCCGCUCUGAGUCACGGAUGCAAGACAAACCAAAGAUCGUUUGGUUCAAACCUACCGACAAGCGAGUGCCCCUCAUAGCCAUCCCGACCGAACAGGCUCCUCGAGACUUCGUCGAGAAGCACAUGGACUAUGCAAACAGAAUCUUUGUUGCCUGCAUCAAGCGAUGGCCUAUCACAUCGCUACAUCCUUUCGGUACGCUGGUCGAGCAACUCGGUGAGAUGGGCGAUCUGCGAGUUGAGACAGACGCUCUGCUGCGAGACAACAACUUUGGGUCAGACGAAUUCUCUGAUGCUGUGAUGAAGAGUGUCGGUUGGGAGAAUUGGUCCCUUGAGUCUGAGGACGAAGCCUCGAUUGCCUCUCGACGUGAUCUACGAAACGAACGUACUUUCACAAUUGACCCUAACGGCACACAAGAGCUCGAUGAUGCCUUUCACAUCAAGAAGUUGGAAGAUGGAAAGGUUGAACUCGGUGUGCAUGUCAUGGAUGUUGCACACUUCGUCAAGGCCAACUCUCUGGUUGACAGAGAAGCAAAGAAGCGUGGCACCGGUGUUUACUUGAUCAACCGUGCUGUCAACAUGCUUCCUGCUCGAUUAUCGUCAGAUGUUUGCUCGCUUCUGCCAGGUCAAGGUCGUCUCACUAUCAGUGUAAUACUGAAGGUAGACUUGGCCUCCGGCAGAAUUGAGGAACAACCAUGGAUUGGUCAAUCCAUCAUUCAAAGCUCUGGCAAGCUUGCUUAUGAGGAAGUCGACAGUGUUAUUAGCGGAAAGAAGGACGUCCAAUUGCAAGGUGCCACUAUUGAGGACAUCGAGAUUUUGGCCCAGUUGGCCAAGAAAUUCAGGGAAGCUCGAUUUGGCAACCGUUCAACUGAUAUUCCACCGUUGCGCCUGUUGUGCCAGCUUGAUGAUGAAAAUGUGCCAGUGGAGCAAAACAUCUUCAACAACACACCUUCGCAUGAGAUCAUCGAAGAGGUUAGCCACAAGGCCAACUUCUUUGUAGCCCAGAGACUGCAACAAGCUUUGCCUGAUAAAGCUAUGCUCCGAAGACAACCGCCACCCAACCCUCGAAGACUGCAAACAUUUGCGGAGAGAAUGACCAAUGCUGGCUACGAGAUCGAUACUUCCAGUAGUGGUUCAUUGCAAGACAGUCUGUUCAAGGUCAAGGAUGCCGAUUUCCGAAAGGGAAUGGAGACUUUGCUUGUGAAGACUUUCUCAAGAGCGAAGUACUACAUUGCAGAACAGGUUCCGGAAGAUCAGCGACAACAUUUCGUGCUCAACUUACCAGUCUAUACGCAUUUCACGAACCCUUCACGACGAUAUGCUGAUAUCGUGGUGCACCGUCAGCUCGAGGCUGUACUUUCCAAUGGUACCAUCGAGUUUAAUGAAGAUCUCGAGAGCCUUGCUAAAAUGGCUGAGCAAUGCAACAACAAGAAAGAUUCUGCUCAAAAUGCUCAGGAGCAAAGCGUACACAUUGAGGCAUGCCGGGCCAUGGACAAGACCAGUGCCGAGCACGGUGGAGAUCUCAUCAGCGAUGGUAUCGUUAUUUGUGUUUACGAAUCUGCGUUCGACGUUCUGAUUCCAGAAUAUGGCUUCGAGAAGCGUGUUCAUUGUGAUCAGCUGCCGUUGAAGAAGGCUGAGUACCGCAAGAAUGAGCGCGUUCUUGAACUCUAUUGGGAGAAGGGCGUUCCUUCAUCUGCCUAUGUGCCUGAGGAUGAGCGAUCAGGUACAGCAGCCAGCACCCGCGCAAGUACUGCCAAGUCCACCGAGGCUGCCAAACAACGGGCCAAGGAGAGAUAUGAGGCUCAAUCCAAGCAGGUUGAUACGAGCACAAUGGGUACAGACGCCGUCAAUGCCCUCUUCGACGAUGACGAUAGUGCCUCGGAGGUUGCAGAGAGUAUGGCUGGCGUGUCACUGACAGACAAAUCUACCAAUGGUUUGGGCAAAGCUGGUCGAUCUGAUUCCGCUCUCAAUCCAAAUGCUCCUGAAAGCAAACUCAACGACAAAGAGAAGUGGCUGAGUCAGUUCAAGCUCCGCGAGGACGGUGGAGAGUAUAUUCAGGACAUCACCGAAAUGACGCGAAUACCUGUCAUCCUCAAAACCGACCUUACCAAAUCACCACCAUGUCUCACGAUCAGGUCUGUCAAUCCAUAUGCUCUUUAA